AGGAGGAGGAGGGGAUAAGUUGAGCUGGGACUCCGCUCCUCCGCUCCUCCGCUGGUAUCCCAGGAAUGUGUUGAUCAUGGCGGCCGCAGUGAAGCCCUUGAAGAGCGGACUGCUGGAGCUCCGCGUUACCGUGCACCACUGGAUCCGUGUGCUCUCCGCUCUCAGCGAGGACUCGUUCACCGUGAGCCCCGGAGACGCCGCCGAUGAGCCCGCGGCCGGUGGGGCUGUUAACGGCGAUCCGGCGAACCUCAGCGCCUCUCCGGUACCGGACACCAUCACGAACGUCAAACGAACCGUCAGAGUCACCAAACAAGAAGUUGGAGGACUCGGAAUAAGUAUUAAAGGUGGUAAGGAGAAUAAGAUGCCCAUCCUGAUCUCAAAGAUCUUCAAAGGACUUGCGGCGGACCAGACGGAGGCUCUUUACGUGGGCGAUGCGAUUCUGUCCGUGAACAGCUACGACCUCAGAGAGGCCACUCAUGACGAGGCUGUUCAGGCCUUGAAGAAAACUGGCAAGGAGGUCAUUCUGGAAGUGAAGUAUAUUAAGGAGAUGUCGGCGUUUUUUAAGGGUGGAUCGAUGACGGGACCCCCGGUGCUCGAUUCUCCUCCAGCCAGCCCACAGAAACAGACGGACCCUGUGCUAAAAGAGACCCAGACCAUCCCACUCCGAAUGUGCCACGUGACACUCAAACAGUGCCCGCCGGACACAGAGGACAGUUUGGGGUCGGGCUCAGAGCGGCCGAUCCUGGCGGUGUUGACAGACAGAGAUCUGCUGCUGUACACAUCUCUACCCGACAGCAAAGAGACGCUCAACAGCCCAGACAAGACCUAUCCGUUAAUUACCACCAGGCUGGUUCACUCUGGCCCGGGCAAGACUUCAUCAGUGCACGACUCUGAGCUGACGUUCGGUCUGCGUUUGGGCACUAAGCAGGGAGUGGAGACGCAUCUGUUCAGAGUGGACACGGCUAAAGAUCUGUCCAGCUGGACGCACCUGCUGGUGGAGGGCUGCCACAGCGCCGCCGAGCUCGUGCAGGAGGUCACCACAGCGUGCAGCUGGAACGGGAAGUCGUGUAUGUUGAGCGUUCACAUAGACAAGGGCUUCUCUCUGUUCACGGAGGAGGCCGGCGUCAGGAGAACCGUCCUUCUCCAGCAGCCCUUCGAGCGUCUGCGCAUGUCUUCAGACGACGGCGUCCGCAUGAUGUUCCUGGACUUCGGAGGCCCAGAAGCCGAGAUUCAAUUGGACCUUCACUCCUGCCCUAAAAGCAUCGUCUUCAUCAUUCACUCUUUCCUGUCGGCCAAGGUCAAGCGACUAGGGCUGUUGGCAUGACGACGCCUCCUCAGGACAAACGCCAUGACGACGGAAGUGACCGGUGGACCACUGGACAUCAAGCCAAAUCUUCCCUCACAGACUGUCAGCCGUUCACUGAUGACUUCACCAUGUGUUCCUCGUAACGCUGACCUUUUAUUCGUUAUCAUUUUAUUGGUUUGUAUCUCAGAUAAACUUUAUGAAUGUAUAAAACAUAAUCACAUAAUCAUACGCUAUGAGAGCAGCAACAGAAACAAAGCAAGAGAUUAAACUCUGUUCCAGAACCUACAUAGGCAGCUGUCUACUAAGGGAGCGUCUAGACUGAACUGAUUUGAGACACUGGUGUUUGCUAAGAUAAUGCUGUAAUAGCAAGUGUAAAAAUAUGCAUAAAAU